AUUUUCAAAAAUUUAUUACUUUGUUGUUCGUAUUAUUGAACUAUUUUUUCAUUGUUAAAAUUUAUUUAUUAUAAUAGGACAUUUUAUAAAAAUUAUAAUACGUUAUAUUAGAUAAGAUAAUAACCAGUUGUAUGAUUCAUUAUGGCAGCACCACAUAGUUAUUUAGGGUAUAUGACAAUAAGCUUAGAUAGUAUUUUUUAUAAUGAAAAAAAAAUUGCUUUCAUUACAUUAUUAGCUGUAGUAAUAAUUGUUGAUGUUAUAAUAGUUUUUAACAUUGUCAAAUUUGUAUUUUGGAAUAAUGAUAGAAGUGAAAGAAAGUUUAUGAAAAAAGUUAGAGACACGAUGGUCAAAAAAACUAUUCUUAGUAAUUCUGAAAUGAAAAUCAUCGAUCAAUAUUCAUUCAAUCAUGGCAAUAAAUCACCACAUGAACAAUUCAAUAAUUGGGAUUCUAACGUAACUCCUCUUGAACAGUUGUGUUUAUUUGGAUUUAAAUUAUUAGAAUAUUAUGGAUACAAUCACAAACCAUGUAAAUAUCUCCAGAUAGUUGAAGAUAUCAUUUUAAGAAUUGAUAAAGCUCUUACAAAUGUAAGUAAAAUGGUAGUGUUAGAGGAUGACGAUGAUAAAAUGAAUAAUCAAGGACUUACGAUAUAUCCAUGGGGUACAAAUUGGUAUCCCUUUUCAGUUUACAUUCCCAAAUUAAUGACUAUGUAUGAAUAUGUUGGAAAUAACGAUUGUAUUAAAAAGUAUGUGUGUCAUAAAAAUAUAAUCCGAUUAAUUCCAGUAUUAAAUAAAUCGUUAGAUAUAUUUAGAGACGGGGCUAAUUUAGCAUACAUUGCUUUACCGCGUCUUUUAACAAAUUAUUUAUAUGACCGAGAAACUUACGAGAAAGACAAAAAAAGCAAAGAAUAUGAAGAUCUAUGUAAUGUUUACAAUGUAAAUUUUCUUAACAUUGAUCAAGUAUCCAAUGGUAUGUACGAAGAUGGUUCAUAUAUAUUCCAUAGAAAUGUAGCAACAUAUUCUUAUCUAGUUACACUGUGUAAUUUUUAUGAAGAAAUAUUUAUAAUUAUUAAUGGUAAAUCUCGAUUGAGAGAAAUAAUGAAAUUACUUUUGGAGAAAUUAUUACAUCCUACUAUUCCAUACACCACAUUCGGUUUAUUCGGUCGCAAUGGUGAUAGAGUCCAUAAACGUUGGUGGGAUAUCAAAGGAAAGCUUGGUAUAGCAAUAAUACCAUUUAUUGGUCUUGGAUUAUUCAAAACUGAACGUUUUAUGUUUUCAUUACGUAUUCAAAGACCUGGUAUUGCUGCUUAUGAAACUGACAUAGUUUAUAAAGGAGAAUUUGCUCUAGGUUGGAUACAACUCAGAAAAAUGUAUUUAACACAAAGAGUUUAUCCCAAUCCAUUAACUUGGCAAAUUUUAAAAAAUGAGCCCGGAAUAAUGUCAGUAGUCGAUGAAGGAUUUAAACAAUUGUUGCCAGAAAAAAAAGAUUAUACUGUCCAAUCAUAUAUGUGUGAAAACAUUAAAAAUUCAUUUAUUGGGCGUUUAGUCUAUCCUGAAUUAAUGUUUUGGAGAAAUCAAUACAAAUUCAGUAUUAUGUAUAAUUGUUUUGUUGUAGAAAUGGGUGUUGUAACUCAUAAUGGAUUUGAAAUAUAUUAUUAUAUUGAUAAUACGUCAGAAGAUCGAACACUGCAAUUUCGAGUUUUUGAUAAUGAUAUUGAGCCAGAUGAUAAAAUUCAAAUUACAGUUGAAGGAGCUGAAAUCGUAGAUGGAUUCAUUCAAAUUGAUCCUCAUAAAGUAGUGGAGUUUACUUGGAGAGUAUUAUUCAAUGAUACAACUAAAACAGUUAUUGAAAAAUUUAAAAAAUCUAGUAAUAUGAUAUUUUAUUAUGACACCAAUAAAUAUGUCAUUGAACUCCAAAAAAAUCCUAAAAAAAGUAGUAAAAUAUUUUAUUUUACAGUUUCAUGUUUUAAUAGCGAUAAUAAAUUAUUAUACGUUAUUGGUGGUAGUUCUAAUAGUAAAAAAAAUGAUUCUAUGAAAAAUGGAGAAACAGUGUUAAAGAGAGAACCGUUGACAUUUAUGUAUAUUGGAUCAGAAAAAUAUAAAAAAUUUUCAAUCAAAAUGCAAUCAAGUGAAGUAAAUGAAUCUAAACCUAAAAAAUUAAUAAUAGAAAAAAAUGAAAGUUCAAAAAAAAAUAAAAAAAGAAGAAAUACAAUAACAGAAGUUGAAGAAAUUGAUAUCAAGAAAGUUAAAUCAGAAUAUUCAGUAAAUGAAGUUGUAAAAAAUAAUCAUAAUGGAAAUAUUAAUAAUGAUGAAAAUAAUCCAAUUACUGCUGAUGAUAAUAAUGAGGAAGACAAUGAAGUAGAAGUAAAAUGUACUUCCAAAGAAGUGGAUCAAAUGACUGGAAAAUUUUUAAGAAAGAGUUUCAGUACAGAAGGUGGAAUUGAUAUUCUAAAAAAAUUUAUUGCUGUUUGUCAAGAUAAUAAUGGAGAAAAAGAUUUGGUUGGAGAAUAUUUAGAAGCUGGUGGUAGUAUUCUUGAAAUACUAAAAUUACUUGAUACUAAUGAAAAGAAGAAUUUAAAAAAUGCUAGUAUAAUAUUCUCUGCUAUGUAUUUCAUUAUUAUGAAAAUUACAGCAAAGUAUCCUCAACAUCAAUCAAGUGCUGGCGAAGCAUGUCGUCAUAUUUUUAAUUCUCACUUAUCAUUAAUUCAUUCAAUGAUGUCACAACAAAGUAGUCCGAAACAACGAAAAAUAAUUCUACAAUUUCUGACUGCAUUGGUAACAUUAGGCGGAAGCCUACCGAGAGAACUCCUUAAUCAUCUGUCAUUUCAUUCUCAAGUAAUAGAUUUCCUUACCCAACAAACAAAACCAACUGAUCUGGAAAGCGUGAGAAAAUGUUUUAUACAUUUUGUUUUGGCAUUUUUGGUCGAUGGAAACAGUUUAACAAUAAAAAGUCUCUUGGAAAAACGUGGAUUACUUUCGAGUAUUUUUCCUGGUCUAAUUUAUGAUUCUCAUUCAACAGUAAAUUUAGUAUUAACCACAAUAAAAACUUAUGUGUUAGAAAAUAAUUCAGUAAUGAAAACUACAAAGCUCCAUGUGUUUUGUACUCCAGUGGUAAAAAGCUUGGUGUGCUUAUAUAAUUGGAAAGGUCCAAAAAACUGGCCAGGAAUGAAUAAAAAACAUGUGAAAAUUACUGAACAUGUGGAUCCUGAUGAGAAAAAGGUUGUGACAGAGGCAGUUCAUGUGUUUUUAAUAACUCUGUUAACAUCUACCCGAUAUGGAAUAAUUUUUAAUGAUAGAAGCCUCGGUACUUCAGGUCGUAAGCAUAAUCAAUUAGUAAAUACAGUUUUGGAAAGUUUAGACAAACCAUGGGAACAUGAAAAACCCCGUGAUUUAGUUAUAAAAGUACUGUCAGCAUGUCCAGAUUUAGUUAAAUCACAAAUGACAUAUACUGAAGCAUUUUUGGAACCACGUAUAUCACCAAAAUGGAUUUCAGUUAUGAGUUUUGUAUGCGAAGUCAUAGAAUCAAUUGAUCCAGAAAAUUUGAAACCUUACAUAGUGGAAUUACAUUUACCCCAAUUAAUUAAUGCAUCUCUCACUUUGACGAUGCCACAAGUAAUUUUAAAAAAUACAAUACCAUCUUCUAUCAAUUCAUCAUCAAUCAUUGUACGUCAACAGGUUUGCUCUAUGCUCCUGAUCAUGUUAAAACAAAUUCAAAAAUAUUUUAAAAUAGUCAAAAACAAUUUUAACCAAUCUGAUUCAAACAAUUAUCAAUCAGCAGUUGUUAAUUACAUUCAAAAAAAUAUGCCAAGCGUGAAACAAAUAUUAUUUAUGUGGAAUUUAACACUAAAAACUGAAGAACCGUCAGAUACAUUAGAUGAUGAAAUGGUAUCCUAUUUGCCAGAAAAAAUUGAUCACUUGGCAUCAAUAGUUGAAUUACUGGAACAUUAUCGUGACAUAAGUUCUAAGUUAUUUGAUAUCAACUUUUUUGAUGUUUCAAAUAAAUUACCAGAAAUUGAUUUAUUUACUGAUUUAAAAAAUAUUGAAACAACUAAUAUCAGUAAAUUAAAUGAAAUAAAAACUAAAUUAAUUGCAAUUAAUUUUCAACUCAAUCCAAUAGCUUUUGAAAUAGAGGAAACAAUUUUUUCUAAAUCUUUGAUAUUUUUGAUUUCACUCAUUGAGAAGGACUCACUCAUGGUUAACAGAACAUCUUCAAUUCUAGAUAAACAAGCUAAAAAUACUAUUAAACUUUUAUUGAAAUCUUUGAAAACAUUCCAAGGAUAUGAUAACCAAAUAGAUAUUUGGAUAAAUUGUUUAAGUUAUUUUGAAAAUGAACAAAAAAAUGCUGUCGCUCGAUGGCUCGUAAAAAUGUUUAGAUACAGUGUAAAAAAUAAAGAUGAAUUCUUCAAGAAUAACAAAAAGAAUAAGAAUGAAAAUGAAGAAAGUGCAAUAUCGAAGAUAAAAGAAGAAAACUCUAUUCCAGAUAUAUUGCACAUUGCGUUAGAUUAUCUCAAAAAUCAUACUAAUGAAAAUGGGUCAAUUUAUAUGUCAUACGUGAUAGUCUUAACACUACAUUAUCAAAAAAAUCCAGUAGAAUUAGAAAAUCUAAUUGAAGAUAUGUAUGGUUUACCUAAUAAAUAUAUAUCGAGCUGGAUUGAAGGAAUUCCCGUAUCACUGAAAAAAUAUUUUCCACAAAACAUUAUUAGUAAUUAUAGUAAACUUUUACUAUCAAAAGAUACAAUAAAGUUUGAAAAAUUAUUUAAUGGAGAUAAAUUAGUUAGUUUUGAUUAUGGAGAUCAGAAGAUUGAAUUUCGACAUCAAUUAACAGUUUUUGAAGCAUCUAACAUUCUCCAAAUGACUCUUUUCUAUUUAAUACAGUUUAUGAAGAAAAAGCAAUUACAUCAAGAAUUACUUGAACGAUUCAAAAAAACAAUAAUCACAUUUCUGAAUAUUGCAAAAAGCUUAGAUGAAGCUACUAAAAUAGAAGAUUUAAAUGUAUUAACAAAAUUUUUGAGCAUGAUUUUCAAUAAUAUUAUGACCUUGAAAUAUUUCUCCGUGAUAGUGAACGAUAAUUCCUAUGAAAUACUCACUGCUAGCUACGUAGACAUUAUUAAAACAGCAGUCAGUAUCAAUAAUACUAAUAGAAUGGAAGAUGUAUUGUUUUUAUUCAAAAAUAAAUUCGUUUUUGAAUUGAAUUUGCUAAUUAGUACAACUAAUUUGAGACCGAAGCUAUCAUCGUAUGCUGCUGAAUUAAUUGAAACUUUUGCAUUAUCAAAUGAGGAUAUUUUUAAUUUGUUGGAAAAAAUUGUCAAUUUACCAGUAGAUUGUUUUAUAAGUAAUAAAACAAGUUUAUCUUCUUGGGGAAUAAUUAUACCAAAACUUAUUAAACUAUUAACCACAUCAAUAACUAUGGAUUGUAAAAAAGAAAAAUUAACAAAAAAUGUUCAGAGUGUGAUUAAUCACCUUGUGGAGAUGAAAACAAAGCAAAAAAUUAAAUUGAUUGAGACGUGGGAAAUAAGUUUGACCACAUUUUUUCAUAAAUAUUCUGAAUAUAUUUUUGUUAUUGAUGAUAAACAGUUUAAGGGUUUACUAAACACUGAUUUAACUAUAUCGACAAUAGCAUUGAUCAGAUUAAUUAUAUCUAAAAAUGAUAAAUUAAUUCCAGUUUUAAUUGAAUCUUAUAAAUCAAACUCCAAGCUUCAAAAUCAAAACAUCAUUUUCCCAAUUAUAUCCAUUAAUUCAACAUCCGAAUGGACUCAAGAAUUUUUAACUGAUCUUUUUAAUAAAUAUAAUGAAGAAAUUGUGUUUUAUUUAACUUUUUCGGCUGACAACAUAAAUGUUGAUUGGAUUGUGACUAAUGUUGAUGCAAUUUCUUGUUUGAUAAUGUCAUGUUUCAAUGAAGAAAUUUGCAAUAAGAUUUCAAGUACCAUAAUACGUAGUGGAGAUAAAUUAGAAAUGGUUGACAUAAAUUAUAUCAAAUUAUUACGAGUUUUGUAUAAAAAACUGACAACUUUUAAAAAUACUACAACAGUUAUAAAAGAAUUCAUUCAAAUUUUGAUAAGAAUAUUUGUUUACUCAUUGAAAAAAAAUACUAAAAAUGAAGAAAAAAUGUUUACACUUUGUGAUUAUUUAUCUGAAGCAAUUGGUGAUUUUAAACAAUCUGAAGAGAAUGAUUUAUUUGAAGAAUUAAGUACAGCUAGUUCUUGGCCACAAUUUAUCAGAUUUUCGUUGAAGCAAGGUUUAAAAAAAUCGUCCAAUAAAAAUAAUCAAAAGGAUGAAAAUGAAAAACCAUUAGAAGAUGAAAAAACUCUACCUCUUUUAGAAACAAUAGCAAAACUUAUUGACAUCAUUUAUCCAAAUAAUUGUGAAGAUCUUUAUGUAAAAACAAUCUUUGAGAUGACUACAUCUCACUCAGAAUUUGUAAAUCUAAUGCUAAGUAGUGAAAAUACAGUGAAAAAAAAUUUGUUACAACUUUUAUGGGUCUUGGUACGUAAAAAUAGGAGUUUGAUGUUACCUACACAAAUUCCUCUAUUCUUAUCAGCAUACAAUGCAACAUUAAAUGAGUCAGACCAACUAAUAUUGCUUAUUCUACGUCACUACGAAGCUUCAGAAAUAAAAUUAAAUUAUUAUAAGCCAUAUUUAUGGGGUGAAGCAGCAGCUAACCAUUAUAGCGUUAAAGGAGAGAUUGAUACUUCACUACUACGACAACCAUCUAUAGCACAGGUUAUGGAAUUGUUUAACGAAGAUCUUGUUAAUAAUACUGUUAUAAAUUUUCCAAUUAAUCGUAGUUUACAAUCAACCGUCUUACAUCCUCCAUCUAACGUUUAUGAUCCAGCAUUUUUUCUUCCACUUUUAAUAUCAUCAUUCAGUGUUGAUAAUGUAAUUCCAUGUCAUAAAAUUAUUAAAUCAGGAACAUUGUCUUUGAUUUUUGCUUCGUGUGGAAGCACAUGUGAAGGAAUACGAUUAGCAGCUUUUACUGUACUGGCUCGAUUUUAUUUUCACCUUGAAGCUACAAAAAAUAGAAAUAAAUUACUCUGGAUACGUUUUAUUGAUGCAUUACGCAAUGGAAUAGCGUCUAUGAAGGAGCAAGCUGAAAUGAAUUCAUUAAAAAAUAUACAACUUAACAGUUUUAUUACGACAUUUUUAGCUAAAGCUUCUUUAAUAUCGGCUCGACCAUUAAACCCACUUUUUGUACCAAUUCAAUCGUUUUUAAUGGCUAAACCUGCAUUAGUUCUGCAAGGAAUACCUGAAUUUUUAACACUGUUUCAUAGCUCAGAUAUCAACCAUAAAUUAUACAGACAUUGGAUAUUGGAAGUAAUUCGGGACGGAAUGAAAACUGAUGCUGAUUUAAAACUUGCACUUAAAUUUUCAGUUUUUCGAAUGAUCUGUGAUUUUUAUCACUGCUCAUUAGCGGAUCCCGAAACUAAGAAUUUAAUACUUCAAGUUCUUAAAUCAGCGACCAAAAUAACGAUGGGUAGUACAAUAUUGAUAAGAGAUUAUGGUAUAUUAAUUUGGCUCAAGGAAGUAGCUCGAAAAAUAGAAAAGUAUAAUCUCGAUAAUGUUAAUUUAGUAUUAGAUAUAAUUGAAAAUUUAUUAUACACAUUUAAUUCAGUAAAAAUUAGUCGCGAUAAUUUAAAUCAUUAUAAAUUCAUUCUUUCAUCUGUUUUAAAUAAUUUAAGUGAACAUAUACCUAAAGAUGAUAUUAACGUAAAUAAUGUCACUUGUAAAUAUCACCAUUGUUUUACUCAGAUUAGUGAAGAAAAUAAAUGA